UUCCUCUUCCGACCAACUUCACUUCUCGGCCGGACCCUCCCCGCCGCUCGGCUGUUGGGUGGAGUCUCUCCGCCGAGGGCAGGGCGGGGUAUCUCCUCUCAGGCCUCUCCCCGCGUCGUUCCCGUAGGUCGGUGCCCACUUCAAGAAGAGCAGCCACAGCCUCCCGCCCCGGACCGUCCUGCCGCGGACCAGAACCCGGAGCCAGAGAAGAUGGCCCCGGGGACCCAGAGCCGCCCCUCCCGGGAGUUGGUGACAUUGAAGGAUGUGGCUCUGGACUUCACCCAGGAGGAGUGGGGCCUGUUGGACCAUUCUCAGAAAGAGCUGUACAGGGAGGUCAUGCUGGAAAUAUCUCAAAAUCUAUUUUAUAUUGGAAUGAAAACACAUGUAUGUAACCAAUGUGGGAAGGCCUUUCGUUGGAACUCAGAUCUUGUUAGGCAUCAGAAGAUUCAUACUGGAGAGAAGCCUUAUAAAUGUAACGAAUGUGGGAAGGCCUUCUCUGAUAGAUCACACCUUAUUGGCCACCAGAGAAUUCACACUGGAGAGAAACCUUAUAAAUGUAAUGAAUGUGGGAAAGCCUUCUGCUACAAAUCAGUCCUUAUUGGCCAUCAGAGAAUUCAUACUGGAGAGAAACCUUAUGAAUGUAAUGAAUGUGGAAAAGCAUUCCGAUGGAGUAUUAGUCUUGAUAUACACCAGCGAAUUCACACAGGAGAGAAACCGUAUGAAUGUAAUGAAUGUGGGAAGACUUUCCAGCAGAAAUGCAAUUUUGCUGCACAUCAGAGGAUACAUACUGGAAAUAAACCUUAUGAAUGUAAUCAGUGUGGAAAGGCUUUCUGUUCCAGAUCAAGCUUUUUGCACCACCAGAGAAUUCACACUGGAGAGAAGCCUUAUGAAUGUAAUCAGUGUGGAAAGGCUUUCCAACGUAAUUCUGAUGUUGCUACACAUCAGAGGAUCCACACUGGAGAGAAACCUUAUGCGUGUAAUCAGUGUGGGAAGGCCUUCUACUCCAGAUCAAGCUUUUUGCACCACCAGAGAAUUCACACUGGAGAGAAGCCUUAUGAAUGUAAUCAGUGUGGAAAGGCUUUUCAACGUAAUUCUGACCUUGCUGCACAUCAGAGAAUUCACACUGGGGAGAAACCUUAUGAAUGUAAUCAGUGUGGAAAGGCUUUUAGAUACCUCUCCAGUCUUGCUAAACAUCAGAGGAUCCACACUGGAGAGAAACCUUAUGAAUGUAAUCAGUGUGGAAAGGCUUUCACAAAUAGCUCUAGUCUUGCUACACAUCAGAGAACCCACACAGUAGAGAAACCUUUUGAAUGUAAUCAAUGUGGAAAGACUUUCCGACAGAACUCUAAUCUUUCGAUACAUCAGAGAAUCCACACUGGGGAGAAACCUUAUGAAUGUAAUCAGUGUGGAAAAACUUUUAGAAAGACCUCCCAUCUUGCUGCCCAUCAGAGGAUCCACACUGGAGAAAAACCUUAUGAAUGUAAUCAAUGUGGAAAGGCUUUUACAAGAAACUCCAGUCUUGCAACACAUCAGCGAACCCAUACUGGAGAGAAACCUUAUGAAUGUAAUAAAUGUGGAAAGACUUUCCGACAGAACUCUAAUCUUGUUGCACACCAGAGAAUUCACACUGGAGAAAAACUUUAUGAAUGCGAUAAAUGUGGAAAGACUUUCCGAAAUAAUUCCCAUCUUGCUACUCAUCAAAGAAUCCACACUGGAGAGAAACCUUAUGAGUGUAACCAAUGUGGAAAGGCUUUCACUCAGAGCUCCCAUCUUAUUGCCCAUCAGAGAAUCCAUAAAAAAGAGAAUUCUUGUGAACGUAGUCAAUGUGGAAAGGCGUUCCAAUGGAACUCCAGUCUUGCACAUCAGUCAGAGAAUCCACACUGAGGAGAAACCUUAUGGACAUAGUGAAUGUUGAAAGGUUUUUUUGUUUGAUUGCAAUCUUGCAGAACAUCAGAAAAAAACAGCUGAGAAAGAUUCUGAAUCAGGUUCCCACAGACCUACAUCUGAGAAUCCACAGUUUAAGCUUCCUGAGCAUCAUGGAUUUCAUUUUGUUGAACAUGAAAAAAUCCAAACUAGAGAGAACCUUGAGGAACAUAAUCAAUGUCAUGAAGCCCUCAGACAAUAGUCACCUCUUAUUUCUCAUCAGAGUAAUCAUAUUAGAGAGAAUUCUUAUCAGAGUAAUAAAUGAGGAAAGGCAUUCAAAUGGAGUACAGAGCUUGUUCUACAUCAGAAAAAUCAUUCUGUGGAGAAGUUCUAUAUGGAUUUAAUAUCAGAAGGCAUUCUCUAUAUCAGAGGAUUCAUAGAGGAGAGAAGCCAUAUGAAUGUUCUCAAGGAGAUAUGAAUAGGGAGAUCUGUAGACAACAGAAUAUUCAUAGUGGAUCAAAGGCUUAUAAAAACAGUAGUUGUCAAAAGGCCUCAUACUUGACUGUGUCUUGGAGACAUUAUACUGGGGAUAAAACUUAUGGAUCUGAUUAAGAAGGGAAGGCCUCUUGCUCUAGCACAGACUUUAUUAGAUCUCCCAAUAUGAGAGACCUCAUUAAAUAUUCCAGAUUUUAUACUGUGCAUAUAGAUCUGCAAAUGUAAUGAAUUUUUCUCUGAAAUCCUGAUAUUUAUCAUUCCUCCUUCAUAUUUCAUGGUAUUCAUAUACUGUAACUUCUUCAGCCAUUUCCCAGUUGAUUGGCACUCACUUCAUUUCCUGUUGUUUGCUGGCAUAAAAAAGCCUCCUAUAAAUAUUUUGGUGCUGUUGAUCAUUUAUUUCUGUAAUGCUUUCUUUAAG